AUGAACGCUUCAACAGCAUUUACAGGGCCCGGAAGGAUUGACGUAAGUCGCUUUACUCUCCCGUCUCCGGAAUUUGCUAACAUGGUAAGGGAAGACGCACCACCACUACUUCGGAGACUCAAUCCCCGAGCUUGUGUCGGAAUUCGUAAAUGAUGGAGCUCAACCCUUCUUCUUCCCAAAAGGCGUGGACGACCACCUAGAGUAUAUGGAUUCCAUGGGAAUCCAGACGGCCGUGCUAUCGCCCAGUAUCAAGAAGGAAUGGCAUACCCAAUGGCCGCCGGCGAGGUGGAAGAACCUCUGCGAGAGGACGUUAAAAGCUCAGCUGAAGAUUCAGGAGUCGAACCCACUUCGCUUUGGUAGAUUUUUCUUUUUUCUUUUCAUGGUACUUGAGCGCGGUGAUAUCUGACGAUGGCGCGAAGGGACAUUUGCCAUGCUACCAUUCCCUCAUGUUAACGAGACGCUGGAAUUUGUGAGGGAUAUAUACACCCAGGAGGUGAAGCCUGAUGGUUUCGCGCUCUCGACCGCAAUGGGGAACAAAUACCUUGGCGAUCCGGCAUUUGAUCCCAUGUGGGAGGAAUUGAAUAAGCGCGAUGCCGCCAUCUUCGUCCACCCAUCGGACACCGCGAUGCCACCGGGACUGGAUUAUCAGCCAUGUGAGUUCACCACCGCAAGUUAUGCACAGCAACUAACCUUCUACACCCAGACGUCUUCGAAUACGCGUUCGACACGGCCCGCGCAAUAGCGAGCACCAUAGUCAACGGCGUAUUCACCCGCUAUCCAAACAUCAAAUUUCUCUUCUCCCACAACGGAGGUGCAUUCCCGUUCAUGGCGAAGCGCCUGGAAGACCUAGGUCCAUCGGCUAAGGAAAAGAAUAACGGGAAGUCGGUGUUCGAGGUGAUAAAGACGAGCAACAUCUUUGUCGACACUGCCAUUUCCGCACCGGUACAGUGGCCAGUAACGCUGGACAUUGGCUUCCCCGUGGAGCGCAUAAUAUAUGCGUCGGAUUACCCGUAUACUGCUGCUGUCGGGGAGGUUGCGUAUCACGGGAAAACGGCACCGGAGGAGUCUGGACAAUUCACGAGACAUGAUUUGGAUGUUAAGAUCGCCCGCGAGAAUGCUUUGAAGGGUCUUUUCCCCAGACUAGCUUCGGAGUAUAAGAAGGCCUUUGGGCAUAAAGUUGACUGCUGAGUGGGGAUAGAUGUUGGAUGGGUGGAUGUUGUUUGGGAUGUAGAACGCUUGAAAUGGAAGCUUGCGCUCGAAUUGAUGCCGGUGAAGCGUACCAUGGGUGCUGGGCUACUGUGAAUUAGAAUCAAUACUUCUACAAGUUUUUGAGAACUCGGUACAAGGGUUUCCCUG